AUGGCCCUCUACUUGGGGCUGGGGUCCUGGACCCGUUCUCACCUCCUUUUGCUCCUAACAUGGACGACAAUCUUCCCCUUGGGUCUGACGCAGUUUUGCUCUUUCUGGGAUGGGGGCUGCGUCGACCCUCUCGCCCAGACGACCGUCUCCAUCAAGUUCCCUCCCCUUUUCUUGGACGACAUCAACAUGUAUUACGCCUAUGACGCGAAUUCGCAAGGCAAAGGCCAGGAGCCAAUGACCAAGGUCAGCUUUUGGUUGGGCUAUGUGGCCAGUCAUGUCAACAAUUCCGUCAUCACCUCGAAUCGGACCUCCGAAGUGGCCUUGCGGGUUGGGAACCUGACGGGGACGCCGUACGGAGACAAUAACGGUUGUGAUGGUGUCUGGGGUCCGCAAUGCUCUGCGAACUUGAAGGAUGUCUUCAAGGACGCCAUCUAUCAUCUCUCGGUGAAGGGAGAUUAUUAUUCCAACCCCUUAGAAACCGUCCUCAGUCAAAUGUCCAUCACACCGCCAAACCUUCCCAACUGCCCACCGCCCUUCUUCGAUGUCCAACAAAUUCCUGUCCAAAACUUCGUCCAGGAAACAGACACGGAUCAAUCUGCCGCCCUGCAGACCUCAGGUUCUGCCAACAGUCCCUGGAAAACAUGGUUUGUCGAUAACAUGACCGCUUCGCAGCAAGCCGAUCAGGUCGCCGUUGCAAUAAUCAGUCGCGGGCCGUCGUACAACAGCCUCGCAUUACAGAGCCGUGACGAUGUCCAGAUUGAGUUGGCUUGCAUUCAAGCUCCUUCUUCCAGCAGUUCGUCCAGCUCCAAUAGCUAG